UGUAAUUCAAUAUGGCGUCUUCUUGCUAUUUAAAUUAAUUUGUAAACAAAGUACAAUUACGUUAAAUAAUUGUGCAAUUUCCGUUGUUAAACUUCACGAAACUGGUAAAACGUGAUGUUUUCUUCUUUAAGAGGCUUUUUUGAACGGCAUCGCCGUAAAAUUGUUAUUACAGGAGCUCUUUUAGGCGGUGCAUAUGCGCUUGGCAAACUGGCUCAUUGGAAACUUAGUGACUGGUACGAAACACAGCAAGUCGAAUUUCUUGCUCAGUCCAAGAAACAGCUCCAUUUUGAUGGCAAUCAAAAGACAUGCAACACUACAUUUUACAGUUUACUUCCAGGCUUACAAGAUGCUAUAUUCGAGCUUGUCGAUUCCGAAGCGAUUACAGAAAAACUUAAAAAUAAACCAUCGGAUAAACUGUUACUUUGGGAGCAAUUAAAGAUCCUUAGUUUUACACGGACCGUGACAGCAAUUUACGCGAGUUCGUUAUUGGCGGUAUUUUUGAGGGUGCAGUUAAAUUUGCUAGGAGGGUACAUGUAUUUGGAUGUUGAGGGUGUGGCCGACGAGGGUACUUCAGCCACGCCCGAGGAAAGUAGAAGGGUAUACAUGAGUGACCCCACCCAGAAAAAAUAUCUCGGGAUUGUGAGGUAUUUUCUGGAGGCGGGUGUGAAAGAUUUAGUUGGCGUCGUACAGAAUGUCGUAGAAGGUAGUGUAUCAUUCUUGAAAAUAGUUAACUAGUGCUCCCUGCUAAAAAUGAAAUGGUCCUCCAAUCCGGACAUGUUGGUACACUUGUACAGGUGGUAAACCUGUAUGGAAUCAAUUAAGUGUGCCGUACAUGUCUGGUGUUCGAUUUUUCCGCUUUGCUUGGGAACAACCUUAAUUGAAAUAGCUGUAUGCAUUUUUUUCAUAUAGGUGUGUUAGGAAGUGUAUCUCUAAAGCAAAAGUUGAGCUACCAUGAUAUUAAACGAAUGCUAGGACAAAUACGGCAAUGUCUGAAGUUCUCCAGUCCCGAGCAAUUGAUAGAAGGUUCAACAACGUCACAGCUAAAAAUUUCCUCGAUCGUUUUACCAAAAGACAGUUUAUCAGAGACAGACGUGAUAUUUAGCCAGCUGUUAAAUGAAACAGCGGAUAUUUUAGAAAGCGAAGAUUUUCAAGUCGUCUUCAACACUUGUCUUGAUGUUGGAUUUAUGUUUGUUAUGAAGCAAAUUAAGUCAUCAUUUAUUGUUGAUCAACAAGGUUAUUAUAUCAAUUACUUUAUAAACAGUAUAUGACUGGCAGUAGUCUCACUAGUAAGUCGGUCAGCCAGCAAGUCAAUGAAACCAAGACUAAAUUACAAAAAAUCACCAAACAAUAUUUUCUUUUACAGACACACCCCCGGAUAUGAUUUGUUCGAUAGAAGAUGGUCUUUGCUCAAUUCAUCUCCCGCUUGCCAAAAUCUGUCCAAUUGUCAAUGGUAAAGCAACCGAAGUAUUCUCAGAGGACAAGAAUGACUAUUUACAUGAUGUUGUGUCUCUUGAAUGUGUUAAAAGUUUUGCUGCGAAUAUUUACGAGGCGUUUAGUAGUAAACCUAGAGUGUGAUUUGUGUCAAUUUAAGUAAAGUGAAACUAGUGGACUUUUAAUUAAUUCUAUGAUUUGUCUGUGCGUGUAUGCUAUGGGCGAGUUCAUAAGUGCUAUCAGAGUAAGAAAAUGAAAUCAUGUUCAUCUUUCAUUACUGAAUAUUGUGUAGUCUUCUACUUUGUAACAUUGAAAGAAGUAUGGUGAUUUCCUUGCUACCAUCUACUCCAUGUAAAACCCCAUAUAUUUUCCUUGACCAUGUUUACUUUCUUGUGUGUACGCUCCGCAACAAGUUUUCCUUGACAAGUUUCCCCUGACAUUAGUUUUGUUACUCAUGUGCACAGAAAUGACAGAAUAUGUUGCAAAACAUUUCUCUCACGCCAAGACUGUGACUGACUGCCUUUUGUUUGGCCAAACCAUAGAGUACAUAAUUUUUUCUUGUACACCUGAAACGCUUAAAAAAUGAAAGGUCAAACUAUUUCGAAAAACGGCUAAAUGAUC